AAAAGGUUUGUGUGUUGGAACAUAAAAUGUUCUGGUUAAUUACUGUAAUUUGUGUCUUCUUAUGCUUGAUAUGGGCAGAUGUAAAGAAGCCACAUGGAUACCCACCAGGCCCAGCAUGGCUGCCAGUAGUGGGUAACUACCUGUGGUUCCAGCAGCAGAAGAAGAAGCUUGGCUACUAUCAUCUUGUGUGGGACAGCCUGCAUGCAAAAUUUGGUCCCGUGGUUGGAGCUCGACUGGGCAGAACACGCGUUGUUGUCGUGUCUGGUUACAAAGCAGCCAGACACAUUCUUCUUAGUGACGAGUUUGAGGGAAGACCAGAUGGGUUCUUCUUCCGCUUGCGUACAUUUGGGAAGCAACUUGGUGUUGUAUUUGCUGAGGGUCACCUGUGGUAUGAACAGCGGCGCUUCUGCCUUCAACAUUUGCGUAAGCUGGGCAUGGGGAAACACAGUAUGCAAGCACAGAUUGCAGCGGAGGCAGGAGAUCUGGUGACAAGGCUGCGAGACAAGAGUAAUGGUGGGUCGACUCCUCUUAAACUUCAUGAUGCUUUUGAUGUCUGUGUUCUGAACAGCCUGUGGGCCAUGUUGGCUGGAGAACGUUUUGCACUGGAUGACAGAAGAAUGAUGGAGCUUAUUGACAUUGUCCACGUCAGUUUCCGUGUGAUCGAUACGUGUGGUGGACUUCUCAACCAGAUGCCCUUCCUCCGUUUUAUCGCUCCUGGUUGGUCAGGAUACACGAGACUGCUCUCAGUUCUUAAUCGGCUGUGGGGCUUCCUCAGGGAAACUAUUGAUGAACAUCGUAAAACGUUAAGCCCUGGUUGUACUAGAGACUUCAUUGAUUCAUAUCUUGAGGAAAUGGAAGUCAGGAAGAAUGAAACAGACUCAACAUUUAAUGACAUGCAGUUGGUGUCGCUGUGUCUCGAUCUGUUCAUGGCGGGCUCAGAGACGACCAGCAGCACACUUGGGUUUGCAGUGCUGUACAUGCUGCAUCACCCUGAAGUGCAGCGCCGUGUGCAUGAUGAACUGGAUGGUGUUGUGGGGCGCAGUAACCAGCCCACUCUUCAGCACCGGCCUAGGUUAUGUUACGUUGAAUCAGUCAUCAUGGAAGUGCAGAGACAUGCGAACAUAGCUCCACUGGGCAUUGCACACAGGGCCCUCAAGGAUACGAGAGUCAUGGGACAUUUUGUACCAGAGGGAGCUACCGUGAUAGUCAGCAUCUGGAGUGUGCAUAUGGAUCGCAAGCACUGGGGAGAUCCGGAGGUCUUCAGACCAGAGCGUUUCCUGGAUGGCAAAGGUGGCAUCGUGCAUGACAACUGGUUCAUGCCUUUCGGGUUUGGUAAAAGACGAUGUCUUGGAGAAAUUCUGGGCAAAUCAGGUCUCUUCCUGUUCUUCUCGACCUUGCUGCACAACUUCUCGAUCUCAGUGCCUCCAGGACACCGUCUACCAUCUCUGGAGGGCAGCGAUGGGCUCGCACUAUCUCCUAGACCCUUCUAUGCGAGUCUUGUUCCAAGAACAUGAGUCAGUGAGCCCAAGAGAGAAACCAGAUGCUACAAGUUGAAUCUUUUGUUAUUCUCUGUUGAUGAUUUUGAGUGUCUGUGAGUAGACUGUACAGUAGAAGAGCAUCAAGGAGGACUUUAGAAUUAAAUUUUAAUGGAAGGAGACCUGUGGGACAACGUAGAACAAAUUUAUUAAAAAAAAUCAAGAAAGGUAGGUUUGGGGGGAGAUAGAAUGAACUCGAGACUUUUCACCCCUUGAUAUAUAUAAACUGGGAAUGAUGCUGGAAGAAGAUAAAUAUGUCGUAUCUUUAGAAUGUUCAGAGACAGGAGGCAUACCGUGGAUCCAGCAACACCAAGAAUCACUUACGUUCAGCUGGCCUCAAAAUAUCACCCUCCAGUUGGCGCAUGCUUCUGUUAGGGUUUGUACAUUUAUAGAAGCCCUUUACCUCUCCUCCUCUACGACCCUUUUCAGGGACACAGUAUUAUUUUAAACCACUUCUGUUAGUUGACUCUAAACCUGAGUCCUUAUUCUCCCUUUCCCUGUGUGUGAUAUACUCUCCUGUCCUGAAGAUGGAAGCAGUAUUUAGUCCCAACGAGACUAUGCGGUAUCAUAACCCAGUAGAACACAGUAUGAAUCUUCAGUGCAUAAGAGCCUCAGACCUGAGUUUUGGUUAAGUUAUGUCACGUUUUAAUGGUGAAUGACAUUCUUACAUUAUUCCAUUGUCUCUCAAGUAGGCUCAGACAGGGAACGUUUGGCUGCUGUGCCAGGCUUUGUUAGCUAACAUUGUCAUUCUCUAUGAAAAUUUGACAUGUAGGGAUUUGUGCAAAGGCUCUGUGAGUAAUUUACACUUUAUAAUUUUCAAUGAGUCGAUGAUCAACGAAUAAUUAAUUGGAAAGGAUUUGGAAGGAAAGGGUCAUGGCCAAAUUUAAACUACUGUCUCAGAAUCUGCCUGGAGGAGCUGAGGAAAAUCACAGAAUUUCUCAGGAUAGCCGGACUCUGGGCUGAGAUAUAAACAUUGGAACUUCUGAAUAUGAAGCAGGAUUGCUGCCUGCUUGACUGAGAUGUUUGAUGACAAUAACAUAGUAAUUUAUUAAAACAUUUUAUUUUUCAAUAAAUUAUUAAUAUAACAGUUAACAAUAAAAUGACACAUAUUGUACAUCUAAAACAUCUUUGAGGGUGUGUCAGACCUUGAGUUGUUAGAAGUCCUGUUGUUCAAUGAGCCCUUUGGUAUGGCAACUUUCCAUUGUACAGUGAAAGUAGACCCUAGUUUCUCUUCAUGAUAUGAUCUGCAGCUAUAUAUUAUGAUGACACACACUCAUAAAUGCUUUAGGCAUGUGUAGUGACCAGUUCUGUCCAUUGGUUUUGGGUUGGUCAUACCCACAUGAACACAUGCCUUGAAUAAUGCAUGUGUACUGUGUGAAUAAUAGUGACUAGUGACUAAACAGGCUGGGCACAGCCUGGGAAUAGUCAAACUGUAAUAGAAGACAGGAGUCAUGUUGCAGAAAUUAAAAUGUUGGUCUAUAUCUGCCUUCAGAAUGUGUAAUAGAAGUUUCAUUUUGAAGUUUGUUGGUUGUUGGUGUGCUGAACUCUGAAAAGUUAGGACAUUAAAUUUUUGUGUCCAUGAUUAAGUAUCAAAAUUUGGGACUCUGACAAAAAUGUAUAAAACUUUAAAAACAGAAUAAAUUAUAAUAUUAUAA